AUGGAUGAAGUUCAAGAUGAUAGCAAAAGUUCUCGAAAAAGCCGUUCUCGAUAUACUCCGGACAUUGAAGAACCAAGACACAAGCGUCGUCGUGAACAUGCAGGAAGCUUGGAUAAAUCGCUGAAAUCGAAGCGUCCCAGACGUCGUAGAAUCUCACGUAGUGUAUCAACCGAAACAAGUGAACGAGAAAGUCGAUCGAUGACGCGGAGGAAAAGGAGAAAAUCCCGGAAACCGAGCCGCAGACGCAGACAUGAACACCGACCAAGCCGCAGCACGGAGAGGAGCCGAGGAGAGAAGCAACGUUCAAGGCGCAGGCGCAGGCACGUAUCAUCUGAUCGUGGGAGCAGCUCAUCGAGUAGCACCGUAAGUGGAACACCAUCACCAGACGCGUCAAAAAUUGGUGUUGCUGGUAUACUUAUGCAAAAGGACAAAGAUGGACAGUUUCGACCAGUAGCUUAUUAUAGUCGAAAAACGUCUGAGGAUGNGGAGAGAAGCAACGUUCAAGGCGCAGGCGCAGGCACGUAUCAUCUGAUCGUGGGAGCAGCUCAUCGAGUAGCACCGUAA